UCGGUCGCUCGUUGGGUCAACAUCAAGGCCCGGAUCCCGACGCUCUGUCUGCCGGCGUUUUUUGCACGAGUUUUUUCCAUACGUAUUUGUUCAUUGACAAAAACUCAAGCUGCGCUCUGUGCGUGCGAGUGUGUGUGAGCGCGCGCUGGCUGGUGUGUCCGUGCCUCCGAGUGUGAGUGCGCUGCUUUGUGUGCAGAAUAAUUUUUGCAAACAUUAUGUAAAUGCGCAAAUUAAAGUUCAAUCGACGCUCGACAGUCAAGGGGCCAGUUUGAAUCCGAAUCCAGAUCACCCGGGCGUUUAAUGCUAAGGCGCAACGGCAACAGUUUUGAAAAAAUAUAGCUCCGAGGGACGACCCGACCACCAGGGGGCGCUGCCUAGAACAGUACACAACACACACGCGCACACAGGAUCCGAUCGAGUGAGAAGAACCGUUAGUUAGUGGCCGGCCAAGAAAUCCAAAAUGGCCACGACAGCGGCCGCGAUGGCAGCCACCAGCGUUGUAGUUUUGGAUCGCGGCAACAACACAACCUGCACCAUCAACAUGCACGGUGCCACAGUUGUCUCCUGGCGUGUCAACAAUCAGGAGCAGUUGUUUGUCAGCAAGCUAGCCUCCUUCGAUGGAAAAAAGGCGAUACGUGGCGGGAUUCCCUUUGUCUUUCCUCAGUUCGGUGCUUGGUCCUUUGGGCCCCAACAUGGAUUUGCGAGGAUUACGCGGUGGCAUCUGGAGAGAGCACCGGACCGGCUGCACAAUGGCGAUGUCGAGGCUAUGUUCUCGCUGAUGGACAACGAAUUCACGCGCUCCAUUUGGAACUACCAGUUCCGCAUCACCUACCGCCUAAUCCUGCGCGAGAAAGAGCUCCACUUCCAUAUCGGCGUCUACAAUCCUAGCAAGGAGCUAAGUUUUACCUUCAACAUGCUCUUGCACACCUACCUAAAGGUGCCUGAUGUCCGGCGGUGCCAGAUUACGGGUCUCCAGGGCUGCCACUUUAUCGACAAGACCCGGGAGAAUGCGCUCUAUCAGGAAGGGCGCGAGGUGGUGACCGUCAAUGAGUGGACCGACAGAAUCUACCAGCACACGCCGCAGGAGCAUGUGAUCACUAACGUGGUGUCCGGCCGGAAGAUGAGACUGCACAAGUACAAUUUUCCCGAUACGGUUAUAUGGAAUCCUUGGAUCGAUCGAUCCCGUGAGAUGAGCGACUUUGGCGACGACGAGUUCCCCAACAUGUUAUGCGUAGAAGCUGGCAAUGUAACCUCGCCCGUGAUCCUGCUUCCGGGAACCGCUUUCGAGGCCAGCCAGAUCCUUCAGCAAUUCAGAUGUCCCUAUACUAAAAACGCAAGCACCUAGAGAGGAAAUCUAACCGGCUUUAUCCAAAACGACUUGAAUCCGAAUCCACCUCCAUACUAUUCCAAUUCAAAUUCUUUACUUUGCAUGCUAUCAUCAGAUCAUCAUCGAGGGCAAUGUCAGUCGCAAGACCAAGCGGAAUCGCUAGCGUUUAAAGAAUCGGAACCCGAUGAGGUAAACCGAUUCGCAACCACGACAAAGCGCACUUUUCUGUAGAGAUUUUUGAGCGAUUCCUGGACUAGCUCAGCAGACGAGGAUCCGCACCAGGAGGAUGAGGAGAAUGAUGAUGAGGGAAAGGAAGUAAACCGUUCGUUCGGUUCUUCCCGCACAACCUCUAGACUCCAAUUUGUAACUUAAGUAAUCGUAAAGCCCUCUAGCAAUAUAUGUAUGUAGUGCUAAGAAUGUUAAAGGAACAUGCACUUGCCAGCCUAGUUGUCCACCUUGAGUGCGGGGAGAAAGGGGUAUGGUCUGUAAAACGUUUAAACAUUCCUAGCCACCCAAAACUAAAUGUGAAUUGAUAGUUAUUUAAUCAUGGUUUUUGAAGCAUGAAGUGACUGUCACAAUAAUUAUUAUUAUUUCGUCUUCUUUGGCCUCUUUAUGUUUGCAUCUCCGAUCUUAAUGCGGACCUGAAAAAGUUCGCUUCGUUUGAAAAUAACAUUCAUUGUGAUGAUCUCACUUCCUGCUUCGAACUUACUUAUUCAGCUAAUAAAGGUGAACUAAACUAAUGUAUGUAUAUUGGGCACCACCAGCUCUGGUCAGCACCCAAUUCGUAAAAGUGUAUACGAUUGAAAAUAGAUAACAACCAUAAAGAUUUAAAUUAAAUGUGUGUAAUAUACUAAAUGCAAUUAUAUGUACGAAACAAUGUAAUAAACCAUUUAUGAACCCAAA